UUCCUCCCUCCAUACACCAUAACACACACAAAUCACACAACACAACAUUAAAGCCAGGCCAACAAAAAAACACCGUAUCCCUGCAAGAUGGGUGCCCAUCCCCAUUUUGAACCCAUCUCAAAAUGCAAGACGGAGGGGAGAUCAAACCAAACGGUGGCGGCUGAUUUAGACGGCACCCUUCUGCUCUCAAGGAGCGCAUUUCCUUACUUCUUGCUUGUCGCCUUGGAAGCCGGCAGCGUUUUCCGGGCGAUUCUCCUGUUAACGUCGGUUCCAUUUGUCUACUUCUUUUACAUAUUCGUGUCGGAAUCCAUGGCCAUCCAAACCUUCAUCUUCAUCGCCUUUGCGGGGCUCAAGAUCAAAGACAUUGAGAUUGUGUCCAGGGCCGUCUUGCCCAAGUUCUACUCCGAGGACGUCAAUCCGAAGACUUGGAAGGUGUUCAAUUCUUGCCGGAAAAGGUAUAUCAUCACUGCCAAUCCUAGGAUUAUGGUGGAGCACUUCGCCAAGACCUUUCUCGGCGCCGAUAAGGUUCUUGGAACGGAAUUGGAUGUGUCGAAAUCCGGGCGUGCCACGGGCCUUGUGAAGAAACCCGGCGUUCUCGUCGGAGAUAACAAGAAGGUCGCCAUCCUUAAGGAGUUCGGAACCAACGUGCCGGAUUUAGGUCUCGGUGACCGUGAAACAGACCACGACUUCAUGUCCAUUUGUAAGGAAGGAUACAUGGUCCCAAGAACCAAAUGCGAGCCGUUGCCCACAAAACAUCUCCUAAGCCCCGUCAUCUUCCACGACGGCCGUCUGGUACAAAGGCCGACGCCGGUCGUGGCCCUCUUGACGUUCCUAUGGAUGCCGGUCGGAAUAAUUCUGUCCAUCAUUAGGGUGUACCUCAACAUUCCGUUACCGGAAAGGAUUGUCCGGUACACAUACAUGAUCCUCGGGAUCAAACUGAUCGUCAAGGGAACUCCCCCGCCGCCCCCCAAGGAAGGCCAAUCCGGGGUCCUCUUCGUCUGCAACCACCGCACCGUCCUAGACCCGGUCGUCACGGCGGUGGCGCUAGGCCGGAAGAUCAGCUGCGUGACGUACAGUAUAAGCAAAUUCUCGGAGCUAAUCUCGCCGAUCAAGGCCGUCGCUUUGUCCCGUGAGAGAGACAAAGACGCCGCUCAUAUCAAGCAGUUGCUUCAAGAAGGCGACUUGGUGAUAUGCCCGGAGGGGACAACUUGCAGAGAGCCGUUUUUGCUAAGGUUCAGUGCCCUUUUCGCGGAACUCACGGACAGGAUCGUGCCGGUGGCCAUUAAUACCAAACAGAGCGUGUUUUACGGGACCACCGUCCGAGGACACAAACUUCUGGACCCGUAUUUCGUGUUCAUGAAUCCUCGGCCGACGUACGAGAUCACAUUCUUGGACCAGCUCCCGCCGGAGCUCACCUGCCGCGCCGGAAAAUCGGCGAUCGAGGUCGCCAAUUACAUCCAGAAGGUGCUGGGCGGGACGCUGGGGUUCGAGUGCACCAGUCUGACGAGGAAGGACAAGUACAUGAUCAUGGCCGGAACUGAUGGGCGUGUCCAAAACAAGGUUGUCGACAAAGACGACAAAGAAAAGAAAUGAUGGAAUUAGUUUAUUUUAUUUUAUGGGAUUCUGUAAUUUCUCAGUUUUUUUUUUUUUUUUUUUUUUUUUGCCAUUUAUGUUCAUCCUAAAAACAAACAUAAGAUGAAAAGCAAUUGCCGGUCAUCAGUGUUCAAGAUCUUGGUGAUUUAGCAUGAUAUAUAAUAAGAAUGUAAUAUUUAUUAGUUAAAUGAAGAUAUUAAUUUUUUUU